AUGCUAAGCACCUUCUCAGGCCGAGCUACGACCCAGUCAAUCGACCUCGGACCGCCAUGCCUCAGUGAAUUAGACGCGCUGAGAGACAUUACUUCGCGAAAGGAAAAGAAGAAGGAACCCAAGGCUAGAGAUACGGCUCGGCCGCCUGCCGCGGGUAUCGAAACUCUUGACGAGAUGGAAGGCACGACAACAACCUCCGACGAUACUGCGAAUGAGCCUUCAACCCGAUCGGCUCAUGAGGCUUUGACUUCACAGACCGAAGAACGCGUGAAAUGGAAGAAUAUUGAUGAAUUGCCGGGAUGGGCGAACAUUAAUAACAAGGAAGAGUUGGAUAUGAACUUGCAGCGGGGUUUGGAGUUAUGCAAGUAA